AUGUUCCACAGUAACCACACUAAAAGGUUUUUAAAGACCGCAUUAAUUACAAUAACAUGGGUUCCUGUAUUGAUGGCAAUAAAUGAUAAAAUAUGUUAUAUUUCACAGAUCCAUGGGAAUUCCAUGAGACCAACAUUGAAUCCGACAGACUCCAGUAAAGAUUGGGUUUUUCUUUGGAAAUUAAAUAAAGAAUCCAUUGAUGUAGAUGAUAUAAUACUUUUAAAAUCACCAAUGGAUCCUAAGAAAAUACUUUGCAAAAGAAUUAAAGCAAAGUCGUAUGAUAAGGUGCAAACAAUUUUCCCAUAUCCUAAGGAUUCUGCUAUCAUACCGAGAAAUCAUUCAUGGGUAGAGGGUGAUAAUGUCACUCAUUCUAUAGAUAGUAACACUUUUGGUCCCAUUUCUAAUGGUCUCAUAUUGGGUAAAGUAACAAGAGUCAUUUGGCCGCCAUAUAGAUGGGGCGUGAAUUUACAAGAUAAUAUAGGUAGAGAAGGGAUCAUUAUUAAAGAUGAUAAUCAUUGA